AUGGGGAAGACCACCGUUGCUCAGUUUGUGUACAAUGAUGCAAGGAUAGAAGCGCAAUUUGAUCUGAGAGCCUGGGAGAAGCUUGAAGAAUCCAUUGCAUCGAAGAGGUUCCUCAUGGUUCUUGAUGAUGUUUGGAUUGAUGAGGGGAAGACUGAGCAGGAGAAUAUGGGUGUGUGGAACAGAGUGUUGGCGCCUCUAAGAUCUGCUGCGAGCGGGAGCAAGAUCUUGGUCACCACUCGGAUGAAGCUAGUAGCUGAGGUUCUGAAUGCAGCACAUGUGGUUGCCCUUGAUGGGUUAAGAAGCAGUGAUUGUAGGUUGUUGUUGAAGGAGGUCGCCUUAGAUGGAGAAACCAUGGAUUUCCCCCCUGAGUUGCGAGAGAUUGGAAGUGCCAUUGCUGCAAAGCUGAAGGGCUCACCUUUAGCCGCUAAUGCUCUUGUGCAAUGCUAA